AUGCACAUCAUAACCUCACUUUCACUUCAUAACACAAAAACAAAUCUCGAAAAACAAAUAUCUCAAACUUCCUCGAUUCUCGAAUCAAGCAGGCCGUGCAGAAUUAAUAUUUUUUUUGAAUAUCAUUCAUAUCCCAGAUCUCCUAAAAAAAAACGUGAUGCCAUGGCUCAAAAACAAUCAACCGACAUUCUAGAACUAUUCAAUCAAAAACCUCUUGUGAAAAUAUGCGCCCCGAUGGUCCGCUACACGAAACUCCAAUUCAGAACUCUCCUGAGACAAUACGACUGUGACUUGGUCUUCACUCCCAUGAUCUUAGCUGACUCGUUUUGCAAAAGCCCCAAAGCCCGCAACAAUGAAUUCACCACAAACUUGUUAGAUACACCUUUAAUAACACAAUUUGCAGCCAACAAUGUGCACGACUUCGUUGGAGCGAGUUACCUAGCAGCGCCCCACUGUGACGGAGUCGAUUUAAAUUGCGGAUGCCCUCAAAGGUGGGCGAAAGAUAUGAAUUUAGGUUGUGAACUGUUAAAAACCCCUCAAAAAAUAUUUCAGUUGGUUCGUGAAUGCAGAAACCGCAUAGCAAAACCUUUUACUGUAAGUGUUAAAACAAGGAUACAAAAAUGUGAUAAGGACAAUGUUUAUUUGUGCAAAGAAUUAGAAAAAUGUGGUGUUAGCUUUGUGACUAUACAUGCAAGAACUGCAAGUAAUAAUGUUGGGCCUAUAAAUGAAGACGCAUUAAAGUUAAUUAGUGAAAGUGUUCAAAUUCCGAUAAUAGGUAAUGGGGGGAUAACAAAUUUGGAAUCUUGCUAUGAGCUUCAAGAAAAAACUGGCAUUAAAGGGGUAAUGGUUGCUAAUGGAAUAUUAAAUAAUCCUGAAAUUUUCAUGGGAGUUAAAGUGACUUCAAUGGAGUGUGUACAAGAAUGGCUGGAUAUUUGCUAUAAUAGUACUUUGACUUUAGAGGUUUUUGAUAAGACAGUUUCUACAAACACCACUGUUAUUCCAGAGAAACCCUUCAAUUUAACAUUCCAGUGUUUCCAUCAUCAUUUAGUGUUUAUGCUGGACAAAAUACUUAGCCGAAGGCAAAGACAAAUUUUUAAUAAUUUAAAAACAUUUAGUUCUACCCUAGAUUUUCUUAAUGAAAAUUUUGGAUUGAGACCUCAACUUUUUGCAAGAGAACGGUUCCUCAAAACAAUGCCUUUGAAGCUUAAUUAUGAUUCUAGAAAUUCAGUUUAUGAAGAACUAAAACCCGAAGUUGAAGAAGCGAAAGUUGGAGAUUUUAUUACAUAUGAUUAUGAUAAAUGUGAUGGGAAAUAUUUUAAAAGCUAUGAUGAUAUUAAAAAAUUAAAUAAUAGUGAUUGUGAUUGGUCAAAUAUUUUUAUUGAAAAUGGUUAAGGAAUAAAACUAUAGUGAAUAUUCGAAAUAGGUUGAUUCUAGCUUUUUUUAAUCCUACCAAUAAUAUUAAUACCAACAGGUUCGACUAGUGAGAAAGUUAAAUUAAAUCUUGUAUACAUCAUGUGAGUUAAAAUGUUAAUUCAUUCGAAAAAAACUUACUCACACGCUAGGACUCGUGGGUUAAACUUCCUUCUCAUGAAUAAACAUUCAUUUAACUCACUUGGUGUAUAAAUAACAAUUUUCUAUUAACGUGCGUAAAGUACACACUUCACGAACUAUUCAAAAGACCUAAAACUUCAUUUCACGUAUGUGUAAAGUAAUUCACUAUUCACUUUACAAAGUAAUGAGUCAAAUUGUCAAAUGUCCUUUUCUUUAUUGUGUUAACUUUGCUUCGUAUUUGGUAUGUUGGAAUGUUUGUACUUGUUUAAGUCCUUUCUAAUGUUUUCUUAUGUGUUAUUUUAGUUUUAAGUCACUUCUAUAAUUUUAAUUUUCUCAAGUACAGGGUGCUGCAAUUUCGAGUGUUUUGAC